ACUUUUGGGAAAUCUAUUACAAAUUAAUUUAGGGGAAGUCUUUAGUAAAAAAAAUUAAAUAAUUCAGUCUGUAGAAAAUGCAACCUUUUCGUUUUAUAUUUUUGAAUACCUAGCAUAAAACAUUCGAAUAUCGAACUGCCAACCUGAGUGUGUGUGUGUGUGCAUAGACGAGCGACGCAUAAUGUCAAAAGAAUGGAAGGGGAUGAAAAUAAUAACAAACGCGAACAAAAGAAAUUUCACUCACUGCCCUUCUCACACACUGUUGUCUCUGGUACUGGUAUGUACGCUUCUUUGUCACUGCAAUUUCACGACCAUAUUACGAGGCUAGCAUCCGUGAAUGCAACAAAUGUUCCCCAUUCCGCUCAGAUUUUGUGCCCAAUCCUAUCGUAAUGUGUGGCUUUUAAUGUGGUAAAGUGAGAAUAUUGUGUGUAUUUUAUACCCGCGUUGUCAAUAGUGACACGACGUAGUAGGUGCGUGGUACUACAUAUUGACCAUUCUGGUGCAACCAAAGCGCCAAACAAUCCUUCUGACCGUCGUCAUCAUAACAGUACGUUCUGUAAAGUCUGUGCCUGUGUCAGCCAGCUGGUGAAAAGUGGUGUCCCAAUAAUUAUCCCCACCCAAGUAGGCCCCCUGUUCGUGUGGCUGUGUGUAGUGCGCACAGAAAUAGGCCAAUGUUAUCAUCCAAACCGUGGGUAACGAACGAGCGAUAACAUAAAACAAAACAAAAAUGCUGGACGCAUAUGUUGGGUACGAUCUGAGCAGUGCCAUCGAACCGGAUGACAUACCGAAAACGAACGACACUGUGUGGAUACUGGGAAAGCAAUAUCACGCUACCGAUGAUCUCGAAACCAUACGACAGGAUGUGCAAUCUCGCUUGUGGUGUACGUACCGCAAAGGAUUCGUUCCGAUUGGCAACACACAGCUAACCACGGACAAAGGCUGGGGCUGUAUGUUGCGUUGCGGCCAGAUGGUAUUAGCACAGGCACUGAUACAGCUACAUCUGGGCCGGGACUGGGUGUGGGAAGCGGAAACGAGAGAUGAAAUUUAUCUCAAUAUAGUGAACCGCUUCGAGGACAGCAAGCAGGCACCAUUUUCGCUGCAUCAGAUUGCUUUGAUGGGUGAUUCAUCCGAAGAGAAGCGAAUCGGCGAAUGGUUCGGACCGAAUACGGUCGCACAGGUGUUAAAAAAGCUGGUAAAAUUUGACGAUUGGUGCGGGCUAGUCAUCCAUGUUGCCCUGGACAAUACGGUAGCAACUGAUGAGAUAGUGGAGCUAUGUGCAGAUAAAAAGGAACCCGAUGUUUGGAAGCCGCUUCUACUGAUAGUUCCACUGCGGCUAGGUCUUAGCGAAGUAAAUCCAAUCUAUAUUGAGGGACUGAAGAAAUGUUUCCAGCUACCGGGAAGCUGUGGCAUGAUCGGUGGCCGUCCCAAUCAAGCACUCUACUUUAUCGGGUACGUCGGUGAGGAAGCACUCUAUCUUGACCCGCACACGGUCCAACGGGUAGGAACGGUUGGCAGCAAGCAGGAAGCAGUGGAGCAGGAGCUGGACGAAACGUUUCACCAGCGGUACGCUAGUCGGAUCAGUUUCACCUCCAUGGAUCCUUCGCUGGCCGUUUGUUUUCUGUGCGUUAGUCGGCAACAGUUCGAUUUGCUCGUGGCACGGUUUAACGAUAGUUUGAACGGUGGCACUAGCCAAGCACUGUUCGAGGUAGCAAAAACACGCCAAGCACCGUGGACACCGACGACGGCUUCGUCCGCAUCUUCGCGCAAGAACAGUGGACCAACCGAGGCCUUCAAUGUGAUAUCGGCGACCGAAAUUCCGAACGAAGAAUUCGAAGAGGUGGAACCACGUACGCUCGAUGACUCGGACGAAGAGUUCGAGAUAAUAGCCUAGCAGCCCGACCACGAACUUUCGAGUGAAGUGAUCGAAAAUUAUAGCGCUAUAAGCUUUCCUUGAAUACUUGCUGCCAACACGGCCAACAGCUGUUGGGCUCGUGUUAUUCUCCCAUGCUGCUGCUGCUGUUCGCCACCCCUUUUUGUCACACGCGCGCAGUACACGAUAGUUUUAUGCAAAGGACAACCGAGAUCGAGAGAAAGAUAAAGAAAAAAUCAAAUUGGAAUUUUGCCUACGCAAAGACAGUCUCUAUUGGUUUGUUAUGCCGCUUUUAAGCAACUUGAAUACGUUAAACAUUUUGUGCGGGAAAAUUAUGAAACCAUUUCGGAGGGAUAAAAGUGAAACAAUUUAAUAAAAUGCGUAACAACACCCCCCUUUGUGCGGAAAUAUGUUCCGCGUAUCGGUAGGCGUGUCACCAAGAGACAA